AUGCCUCUCCCGGCAGCUUCAAUCCUCAAUGCCUCCCUCCUCCUCAUCCUUCUCAUCAGCGCCACGGCCCACGUCGGCGACGUGAACACCACGAUGUUCAGCAAUGCCGCGGCGACGUCGCCCCGCGACGACACGGAGAUAUACAUCUGCUACCUCUGCACGGGGCGCAACCCGCUGCUGAUCAGGUACUGCCCCAUCUACUGGGACGAGUGCCACCUCGUCUGCUACGCCGACGCGUCCGCCGCCACCGCCACCGCCAUUCCCGCCGCGCCCGCGCCCUUGCCGCCGUCGCUGGGUUCGGCCGACCCCAGCGAGGUGGGCGACGAGGAGUGCUACGUCAUGAAGCUGUACCAGAACGGCAGCUACACCAUCGUCAACCGCCUGGGCUGCGCCCAGAUCGCCAGGUGCCUCCUGUCCUGCGGCGGCGGCGACAUGGCCGACCAGAAGGCCCUUGGCGCCUCGACCGCGGCGCCGGCGACGACGGCGGCGAUCAAGGGGAGCUUUCCGCCCCCGCGCGUCGCUGAUUUCCAGCGGUGUGGCACUCAGGUUAAUGCUCCGCUGGCUCCACCGAGCGGCGCCGUCCCGGGCGGUGGUGCGCGGCGACGGCGCUAG